GGGACCAAGACAGCCAAGGUCAGUCCCAAAGGGAGCCUGGGCACUUCAGGGGCUCCAGACACAGACAUCUCCCUGACCACAGCAUGGAUUCUGGGAGAAGGAACACCUGUGAACGCAUGUGGGGCCUGCAGGAGGAUGGUGGCACCAGGAUGGCUGACUCCACAGCACCCGUGCACUGCCGCCCCAUGAUCAGCCGUAAGGCGAAGACCCUGCAGAAGGAGUGGCUGGAAAAGCUGGGCGCGCUGCAGUUUGUGCUGACUUUGUACUCAGUCCCAUUCUUCUUCCUUCUUCUCUUCCACCUCCUCUUCACACGGCUCUGGUCCCUGUCUGUUCUCUACAUGUUGUGGCUCUACCUGGACAGGGACACACCCAGCCAAGGGGGAAGGCGAUUUGUGUGGCCAACAACCUGGGCCAUCUGGAAAUACCAAAGGGAUUACUUUCCUAUCAAGCUGGUGAAGACAGCAGAGCUGCCCCCCAGCCAGAACUACGUGCUGGGAUCCCACCCCCACGGCAUCAUGUGCACCGGAGCCUUCAGUAAUUUUCUCACUGAGAGCAACAACUUCUCCCGGCUCUUCCCGGGACUGCAGCCCUGGACAGCCAUGAUGGCCAUCUUCUUCUAUGUCCCCUUGUUCCGAGAAUACAUCAUGGCUGGUGGACUGCGCCCUGCGAGCCGUCACAGCCUGGACUUUGUACUGUCUCAGCCCCAGCGGGGCCAGGCAGUGGUCAUCGUGCCUGGUGGAGCCCAGGAGGCCCUGUACACGGCACGAAGGCGGCACCGCCUGGAACUCCUGAAUCGCAAAGGCUUUGUGCGCCUGGCACUGAGGCACGGGGCCUCCCUGGUGCCUGUGUACUCCUUUGGGGAGAACGACACCUUCAGGUGCAAGGCUUUCUCAAAACGCUCCUGGCAGUACCUGUGCCAGGUCACCUGCAAGAGGGUCACCAGCAUAGCUCCCUGCAUCUUCUGGGGCCGUGGUCUCUUCUCGCACAAGUCCUGUGGUCUGCUUCCCCUGCCCGUGCCCAUCACCACUGUGGUGGGCGGCCCCAUCCCCGUGCCCCAGUGCAGCAGCCCCAGCCAGGAGCAAGUUGACCACUACCACAGGCUCUACAUGGACGCCCUGGAGCGGCUGUUUGAGGAGCACAAGGAGGCCUGUGGGGUCCCUGCCUCCACCCGCCUCACCUUCCUCUAGGUCUGGCUUGGCCUCCCUGCUGAGCCCCUGAAACCCGUGCCCUGCGACCCCCAGUUCUGCCUUGACCUCCCCUCCAAUAAAGGCUGGUUCUGGAGGGCAGCACGGCCAGGCACAGCCACCCCGUCCUCCUGCUGCAGAGGGGCCGCCUGGGGUGGGUCUCAGCACCCUGCAUUCUCCUGCCAGUAGAGCUGACUGUGCCCCGGGACCUGGGAGACGUCUCCCCCUCCCGGGCCCCUGCUCCCCCUGUGAAGCAAGGCUGCUGCUUAGCUCAGAGC